AUGUUCAAACAUAUGUUACCCAAUUCAGCUGCCCAAAGACAAAAGAAUGCGUCCUCAAAGAACUUAAUUCUCUCAAUUUUGAAUUCCACUGCGACCAAACGAGAAGCAAAGGAAUAUUUGGCGAGAUAUGCGGAUGAUGCAGGGACUACGCAUCAUUGUCUUAUCCUUAUUCGUUCUUUGCAUACGUUCCCAGCGGAUACUUUAAGCCAUCUAGCAGACACGCUUCGAAGACUGAGAAUUUUAGGUUUAAGACCAGUUUUUAUUUUACCUCCCACUGACGAUAGAGCUAUAAUGAAUGAGCAGUUCGAUUUAUUAGAUUCUUUACUUAAUAAUGCGCAUUUACAACCCAUUAUUCUCCGAGAUGGUCUAACCAAAACCUUUAAUGGUACUUCUGCUUCCGUUUUAUCUACAAACUCGGAACUGUUCAAUAAUGACGGUAAUAAAGCAUACAUCCCAGUUAUCGGACCCUACAUAUAUGAUGAAAAGGCAUCCACUGAGUAUAUGGCCACCAGUCUAGUUGAUUUCAUGCAUGAUUUAUGUAAAAAUGUUGAACUGAACAUUAUCAAAUUUUACAUUCUAAAUAACAACGGCGGCAUACCUUCUACUGAAAGGAACAAUAGAUCACACGUGUUUAUUAACUUAUCACAAGAGUUUGAUUUUUUAUCAAAGAACCUUCGACAGCAAAUAGAAAAUGUGGAACAUGUCAGUAAUUUAAUCCGCUCUGAGGGAAAACGUGAAUCGAACUCACAAUUUGAUUAUCUGUAUCUUGAGGAUCUGAGGCUGAAAUUACAUGAACACUCUGAAGAUUUGAAGCUGAUGGACGUCGUCUUAUCUGGACUGGAUACCUCAACAACGGGCCUUAUAACUACGGUUAAAGCCGCUUCUUUACCUUCGGAUAAAAACAAUCCACUACUCUACAAUUUACUAACUGAUAGAUCUCUUGUUUCUUCUUCUUUACCACUUUUUAAAAGAAUCACAAAUGGUGAAGGAUAUCUGAAGCAGGAGGGGCCUAAAGAAGACGGAACUGAGAGUUCACACACCAUUGAUCCAAGUGAUCAAGAAAAUAAGGACAAUGCCACUUUAGUGACUACAGUACUUAAAAAAGGUAUAGAUAUAAAUAUAUUCGCUGAAAGUAAGUUAACCACUCAUAAUUCAAUAGGACUGCCGGCACUAUUUCAAAAUAAAUCAGAUACAGGCAAAUAUCUCGAUGAAAAGGAUAAAUUGAACUUGCUCAAAAUGACAGAUAUUUUAGAGAAAGGUUUUCUUAGGAAAUUAAAUUUAGAACAUUACCUCAAUAGAAUCAACGGUAAGAUUGCCUCAAUCAUCAUAAUUGGCGAUUAUGAAGGUAUUGCCAUUCUUACUUACGAAGGCCCCAGCAAUGAUCAGUUUGUAUAUUUGGAUAAGUUUGCAGUACUGCCACACCUAAAGGGAUCCUUAGGAAUUUCUGAUAUCAUUUUCAACCUAAUAUUCAAAAGAUUUCCAGAUGAAGUGAUAUGGAGAAGUCGAAAAGAUAAUGUAGUCAAUAAGUGGUAUUUCCAGCGUAGUGUUGCAGUAAUUGAUCUAUCGAUCGACCUUAGUGAUAAUGCCAAUUCUUACAAUAAGUCCCAAGUUGACAGUCAAUUUAAUUUAUUUUAUUAUGGUAACCGUUCGGAUAGCUUGGAAAGGUUGAGAAAGUUUGCUAAGUAUGUUAGAGAUAUAAAACCAAGUUGGUUAUGA